AAUACAAUCACCUGACUCGUCGCCGUGAAAGGUAUUGCAUUACACACAGGACAUUGAGUCUCAACGAAAUAGACUUGUUGAUAAGUUACCUGAUGUUGAAAUGGCUCUGAGUCGGAAAGUUGCUAUCAUUACAGGUUCCAGUUCGGGUAUUGGGGCAGGCAUUGCAGCAGUGUUUGCAAAAGAAGGAGCUAAACUGUCAUUGACUGGUAGGAACCAAAAGAAUUUGGAGGAAGUGGUCGAGAACUGCAAGAAGGCAGGGUGUCAGGAUGUUCUCCCAAACGUGGGUGACAUCACGCAGGAUGCUUUCAGAAGGACUCUCGUUGAGGCAACCAAGAAGAAGUUCGGGAAAAUAGAUAUACUGGUGAACAAUGCUGGGAUCGCACAUUUGAAUCCGCUGAUAUCAACGACCAAAGAAGAGUACGACACAAUAAUGGCUAUAAACGUGGAGGCACCUUUGUUUUUGACACAGUUAGUUGCACCGCAUUUGAUUGAAAGUAAAGGAAACGUGGUCAAUAUUUCGUCUUGUGACACGUCUACAAUUAUGCCGGGUGUAGGUGUCUACGCCAUGUCGAAGGCGGCCAUAGAUACAUUUACAAGAUACCUUGCUCACGAACUGGUUUCACACGGGGUACGUGUCAAUGCAAUCAACCCAGGUUAUGUACCCAGUCAAAUGGUGUCGAAGUUGUUUUCGACUGGUGACGAAGCUGGUCAGUUGCAUAGAAGUCUGAUAAAUGCGACGCCAAUUGGUCGAGCUGCUACCCCAGAAGAAAUUGGUCACAUUGUGGCCUUCCUAGCCUCGGAUAAAGCAGCCUUUGUAACUGGGGAGUGCUUCAGGGCCGAUGGUGGGUUCACAAUGACCACACCAGCCCUUGCUUGAAAAUGUUGAGAGACGCUUGAGGUCUACUCGGAUCCACCAUGAGCAGAUUAUAUAAGAAUCAUUCUCAUGUGUACCAAGCACAUUCGCCCAUGAGACAAAUGCAAGAGAAACAUUACAAAUGACUUCUAAUUUAUAAAAUCAUUUGGAAUCACCAGCUUAAAAAUUCUGAAAUAAUUCUGAAAUAUUAUUUAUAUGAAUACAAUGUCUUUUAACAAAAUCUGCAACAUAUUGCAAAAGAUAAAUAAACAUAUAUACACUCUGAAAAAGUGUUA